AUGAGCUCACCAGGGUCGCCCCCUGACUCAAGGGAAUCAGCUGGAGAUAUGCCAGCCUGGCAUCCGGCACAAGAGUGGCUGGAGGAAGACGACGAGGUAGACAUGGAUUACCACCCUGCGUUGGAGGGAACAGAGGACGAAGAUGGCUGGGAAGAGACGGAGAUCGAGGACGAGGCUAUGGGCCUCGGAGUUUCGGACGACACUCCGCACAUUAGUAUCGGCAAUAUCCAGAUUGAGCUCACUACAGGUGGUCCCGACGACGGAGAAGAGGAGGGCAAUGGCGGCCAGGCUCGUAUUCCAGCAUCCAGAUUAUUUGAAUUACUCGCAUCGAGCGGCCUUCAGCAUAUUCUCCAGUCCAAUGGAUGGAUACCCAAUCCGACCGGGGAGGAGGAGGAGGAGGAGGAGGAGGAAGAAGACGAUGAUGACGAAGACGAAGAUCCAGACUACUAUUUACCGACGUUCCGACACCGAUUAAGAGCAAGGCGGGCCAGAGGAGAGCCUCAAUUCCCCAAGGUCCCCAGUGAUGCGGGGACCGAACUGAUGGGCGAGGGCCACUUUGGGACCGACCAGUACUAUGUCGACCGGCUCAAGAAGCGCAAGGCGGCAUUUGCCACAAACCUGAUGUGGCGAGAACUCGGCGUGGAUGCAUAUGGAGUUCGGAGGAGGGCCGACCAGGCAAUCUCACAGAAAAUGAUACCAAGCUCCGCAGCCGAUAAAAUCAUUCAUUUUGAUUCACGCAGUUAUUCCGGUCAGUUUUCCGACGAUGGAAACUUUUUCUUCUGUUGCGCGCAAGAUUUCAAGGUUCGGAUGUACGACACAUCGAAUCCAUACGAAUGGAAAUACUAUAAGACUGUCCGCUACCCACUUGGUCAAUGGACAAUCACGGACGCUACCCUCAGUCCCGACAAUCGUUUCCUGGCCUACAGCUCAAUACGUAGUCAGGUUUACCUUGCCCCAACAGACCCAGAAGAUGACUCUGAUCCGAGUCAACUAGACUUUGCUCUUUCAGCCAACCAGGGGCGACGUCAGAGCUGGGGUAGCUCCCAUUUCGGAAUAUGGUCUCUGCGAUUCUCUGGAGAUGGGCGCGAGAUCGUUGCGGGCACAUCCGAGGACUCCGUCAUUGUCUAUGAUAUCGAAACGAAGCAGCCAGUCCUCAAUUUGCGAGAUCGUCACCAGCAUCACGUCAAUGCAGUUUGCUUCGGCGACAAGUCAUCUCCUCACCUGCUGUACUCAGGAUCGGAUGAUUCAACGCUACGAGUCUGGGACCGUCGGUCAAUGGGCGAUGGGCGUGAAGCUGGUGUUUUCAUGGGCCACACGGAAGGUCUCACAUACGUUGACAGUAAAGGCGAUGGCCGAUAUGUUCUCUCCAAUGGCAAGGACCAAACUAUGAAGCUCUGGGAUCUGCGGAAGAUGAUGACGACUGCCAACUUCGACAAUAUCGACCCCAGCAGUUUCACAACUGGCUUUGACUACCGCUUCGAGAAGUAUCCCGAGAACUUCUAUGAGCCGCAUCCGUAUGACUAUUCAGUGGUCACCUUCCGCGGCCACAGUGUCCUCAAAACCUUGAUUCGCUGCCAUUUCUCGCCACCUGGAAGUACAAACUCUCGCUAUGUCUACUCUGGUAGUGAAGAUGGAAAGGUAUACGUGUAUAAUAUGGAUGCCACGCUGGCUGGUACGAUUGAUGUCGGUACAGCCACGCUCAACUCGCGUCCCCGGGAACCAGAUGUCUCUGCGACGGCAUAUGAGAUGAGUGGAGAGAUGCUGUGGAGAACUUGUGUUCGUGAUGCAAGCUGGCAUCCGAAUGCUCCAGUACUAGCAGCAACCUCAUGGAAUGGAUGGGGAUUGUCUACAGGCACAUGUACUAUGCACUCCUGGAACGAUGGUGCUUCGAAUGAUGAAGGUGACCCACCUAUUGGCAAGAGCUACGACGAUAGGCUUAGAUACGUUUCCGAGUUCAACGACUACCGGGAGAUUGCCCCAGCAGCCCGCACUCGACGACCGCUGCGUAGCCGGCCAGUACGCCGGGUAUUUGUCGAAGAAAACGAAGAUGCUGAGUGGUGA